CGCACUCUGUAAGGCACGGAUCCAGUUCGGUAAACUAGGAAUUGUGAGCCUGGGCAGAUUUUCCAAACAAGCAAAUCUGAGCCCUGGGAAGGAUUAUUCGCUAGACCUUCCUCAAAGGUUGGAAGGCAAAAGACUGUGUUUGCUAGCACUGCCGGAGGCUUAGUUUGGCAGUAUUUCCGGGAGGAACGUGGCCGAAAGCACAAUGGAGGCCAGAGGGGAGCGCUUUCUUAGACAAAGGCAAGUCCUAUUUCUCUUUGUUUUUCUGGGUGGGUCUCUGGCUGCGUCUGAGUCAAGACGCUACUCUGUGGUUGAGGAAACAGAGAGGGGCUAUUUAAUAGCCAACCUAGCAAAGGAUCUAGGGCUAGGGGUAGGGGAACUGGCUGUGAGGGGGGCCCAAGUUGUGUCUAAGGGGAACAAACAGCAUUUUCAGCUCAACCAUCAGACCGGCGAUUUGCUCCUGCAUGAGAAAUUGGACCGGGAAGAGCUAUGCGGCCCCACGGAGCCCUGUAUACUGCAUUUUCAGAUAUUACUGCAAACCCCUUUGCAGUUUAUUACAAAUGAGCUUCAGGUCAUAGAUGUAAACGACCAUUCUCCUGUAUUCUUUGAAAAUGAAAUACAGCUGAAACUCUUAGAAAACACGCCACCAGGAACCAUAAUUCCUUUGGAAAAUGCUGAGGACUUGGAUGUGGGAAGAAACAGUCUCCAAAACUACACGAUCGCCCCUAAUGCCCAUUUCCACGUUCUCACACGCAGUCGUAGGGACGGAAGAAAAUACCCACAACUAGUGCUGGACAAAGCACUGGACCGUGAGGAGCAGCCAGAGAUCAUUUUGACCCUCACCGCGCUGGAUGGCGGCUCUCCACCCCGGUCGGGGAUCGCCCAGAUCCACAUCCUGGUCUUAGACAUAAACGACAACGCCCCAGAAUUUACACAGUCACUCUAUGAGGUUCAAAUUCUAGAGAACAGCCCCAUUAACUCUGUUAUUGUCACGGUCUCAGCUUCUGACUUAGAUACAGGAAAUUUUGGGACAGUAUCAUACGCAUUUUUUCACGCUUCUGAAGAAAUUCGCAAAACUUUUCAGCUAAAUCCAAUUACUGGUGAUAUCCAGCUAGUCAAAUAUUUGAAUUACGAGGUUAUGAAUACUUAUGAACUGGACAUAGAAGCCAAGGAUGGCGGAGGCCUUUCAGGAGAAACCACAGUGAUAGUUCAGGUGGUUGAUGUGAACGACAAUCCACCAGAACUGACCUUGUCUUCAAUUACCAGCCCUAUCCCUGAGAACUCGCCGGAGACUGUGGUGGCUGUUUUCAGUGUUUCUGAUCUAGACUCUGGAGACAAUGGGAGAAUUAUGUGUUCCAUCGAGAACAAUCUCCCCUUCAUCCUCAAACCAUCAAUAGAGAAUUUUUACACCCUCGUGACAAACACAGCUCUGGACCGAGAGACAAGAGCCGAGUACAACAUCACCAUCACCGUCACUGACCUGGGGACGCCCAGGCUGAAAACCCAGCACCACCUAACGGUGACGAGUAAACAAGCUGGUUUUGAGGAAAAUCAAGUUGUAACUGAAAUAAUUGAUACAUGGGGAUUACCUACAGGAACAAAAAUCAAGGUCUUGAUUAAUAUAUAUGACAGUGUUGCACAUGGUAGUGCUGGAUGA